GAAUCGAGACAUGCGGGAGUUUGGACUGGAGAGAUAAAAAAUGAAGGACUUUUUCAGUUUUGGCUUCAGUUGAAAGAACUCGCCGGUAUAAGGAGUAUAAAUAGUUAACGUUUACAACAUUAUGAGCUUAGGGUUGUUUACUGUGGUUUCGCAAACAUGGUUCUUUUACUACUUUUAUCUAUAAGUAUAUGGGUUUUUUCAUUAAGUAGCUAAUAAUGAAGAUACUACGAAAACAACGGAAGCCGUCGGAGGAGAUUUUGUUGACGAAAGCUGCAUGCCGGUCACGAUUGAGCAAAGCUGCAAUAUUGAGGAAUCAUCGGCGAACAUCGAGCUCCGUACUGACGUAGAAGACAUUGAUGCUACUCUUCAGCAAGGAAAUUCCAUUAUUUUCGACGUGGACGAGAAUGGAACUCUCGUACAAGUACACCCGGAAGUAGAGAGCCUCAAUGAGAGCGUUGGUAUACCAACAAUCAACGGACUGUCGAUGACUGUGGAGGAACCUCGUAAUGUCGCAGAAAAUAAUGAUCGCGAAGAUAGGGGUAUCGUCGAAUGUCGAGCACCGAAGAACAUUCCAGGACCAUUCGCGAAAGCUUUGUUUUGACCCGAAGAGGUCAAAAGAAAGAAACCGCUACCGAAAAGAACUGAGACAGUCCCGAGCGUCGCUACAUCCGACGAGUGGCAGACGUACCAUCAAUCGAAGCAGGAAAAAGAACAGGCCGAGUUGCAGAAGAAAGAACAAAGGCUGAGAAGAAGACUGGAGGC